AUGCGAUGUCAGGAUCUCCGUCAAUGUAGUCAGAAGCUGGUCCGCAGGCGGCCGCUCAAGCCGAGGGAGGGGUCCGAGGGCCGCAUGUCACGUUGUCUAAAACCCCUCGACCUGGUGGCCUUCGGUGUGGGCAUCACCCUGGGAGCCGGCGUGUACAUCCUGCCUGGAGAAGUGACCAGGAACAAAGCUGGACCAGCGAUUGUCAUCUGCUUCUUGGUGGCCGCCCUGUCUUCUGUACUGUCCGGGCUCUGCUACGCUGAGUUUGGGGCCCGAGCACCUGGGUCCGGUUCUGCAUAUCUCUACAGCUAUGUCACCGUGGGAGAACUGUGUGCCUUCGUCACUGGCUGGAACCUCUUACUGUCCUACGCCAUCACCAUUGCAAGUGUAGCCAGAGCCUGGAGCUCCACCUUCGACAGCCUGAUUGGGAACCACAUGUCUCAGGCGUUAAGAGGAACUUUCCCACUGCACGUGCCCUCUUUCCUGGCCAAGUAUCCUGACUUUCUUGCUCUGGGUGUGGUGCUGGUGAUGAUGGGAAUACUGGUUCUGGGAGCCCGUGAGUCAGCACUGGUCAACAAAUGGUUCACAGGCAUAAACAUUUUGGUUCUCAGCUUCAUCAUCCUCUCUGGCUUCAUUAAGGGAGACCUGCACAACUGGCAGCUCACAGAACAGGACUACACAUUGGCUGCAGCUGGAUCCAAUGACUCCUCUAGCUUGGGCCCUCCGGGUUCUGGAGGGUUUGCACCUUUUGGUUUUGAUGGGAUUUUCCAGGGAGCAGCAACAUGCUUCUUCGGGUUUGUUGGGUUUGAUGCCAUUGCCACUACAGGGGGAGAAGCCCAGGAUCCCCAGCGGUCCAUCCCCUUCAGCAUCGUGGUCUCACUCUUUAUCUGCUUUGUGGCGUAUUUUGGUGUCUCAGCGGCACUCACCCUCAUGGUGCCCUACUACCAGAUUCAUCCUGAGAGCCCCUUGCCACAGGCUUUUCUCCAUGUUGGGUGGGGCCCUGCCAGAUAUGUCGUGGUUGUUGGCACCUUCUGUGCUCUUUCAUCCAGCCUCCUGGGUACCAUGUUCUCCAUGUCUCGAGUGACGUACGCAAUGGCAGAUGACAGGCUCCUUUUCCAAGGACUUGCCCAGAUCCAUCCCCGUACACACACUCCCAUCAUGGCCAUCUUGGCUUCUGGAACUCUUGCAGGGGUCACAGCAUUACUCUUAGAGUUCAGUAACCUUGUGGACCUCAUGGCAAUUGGGACCCUGCUUGCUUACUCCUUCGUGGUGAUUUCUGUUCUCGUCCUCAGGUACCAACCAGAACAGAAUUUAAGCAAGAAGGAGAAAACAGAAAAUGAAAUUGAGAUUUCUGAACGUGAAGCAAGUCCUUUGGAAUCUGUACCUGAAGCAGGAAUCUCAAGGAUUCUAAAGAGUCUGUAUGACCCUAUUAGCACCAACCCCACCCGGAAAUCUGGCCAAAUUGUCUAUGGAUGUGCCUUACUGCUUGUUCUCCUGCUGAUGAUCCUGACUGUGAUACUGGCUCAGGGGUCCAGAUAUGUGUUCUCUGGAGACCCUGUGUACACAACAGUGGCUGUGCUGUUGCUGCUGCUGAUCACUGGGGUCACGGUCAUCAUCUGGAGGCAGCCUCAGGACCCCUCUCCUCUUACGUUCAGGGUCCCUGCUCUGCCUGUCCUCCCACUGGUGAGCAUCUUUGUGAAUGUUUACUUGAUGAUGCAGAUGACCUCUGGGAUCUGGGUCCAACUUGGCAUCUGGAAUGUGAUUGGCUUUGCCAUAUACUUUGGAUAUGGGAUCCGACACAGCCUGGAGGAGAACAAUGGGCAACAGCUGCCAGCCUCCACUUUCCAGACUCUUGAUGAAAACACCCCUGGUACUGAGUCAUCUUAA